GUUAUUGUCCCCAAAUGAUUUGAAAUAAUCUACUUAGGUAGGAUUCGUUCCUAGUAGAAGUAGGCUUUGUAUCCGUACACAAAUUUACACACAAACACUGAGACAUGAACAAGAAGAUACAUAGAUAGAGAGAGAGAGAAAAAAACACACACCAUUAUAUUCUAGGUAAUAUAGAAUCACAAAUACGGUAAACAGUAAACACACACAAUAAAUCAUAUUUGAAAUACUCCAUUUUUUUUUCAAUCCAAUCCAAUUCAAUUGCAAUUUGAGGAAUGUUGGCGUUAAUAACGCAAACAAAGGUGCAACGUCCAUGGAUACAAUUAGGAACAGGAACCGUGAUCCAUAUUCCUCUCAAAAGUAUCGAAGAGUCGCAAACUUCGAUACAGCUAAAACCAGCUGUUGAGGGUCGAAAGCGAAAGAGCUCGAAGAUACCAAGAAUGAUAAGGACAAGGUACAGAGAGCAGACCGAGGAGGAACAUAAGUUGUCCGACAGUCAGGCGGCGGUUACACAAACUUGCCACAACCAGGCAGCUCCAGUUGCAGCAUCACCUGUAGUACGUAGCACACGAACCUCACGUUGUCGCAUCAAAUUGGCACAUCCGGAAUGGCCGCCCGUCAAUCGCAGUCCGAGUCCCAGUCCCGUGAGCCGCAAACGUGAGAUAUCUGAGCCGCAGCGUGUUGCAGUCUCCCACGGUAAGCGCAAGUGCCUCAUCGAACCGCUGUUGCAACUAUCGCCAUCGGUAAUCGAGGUUAGCGAUCCACUCAAGAAUUUCGGUGGUCGCAAGCAACUAUUGCGACUUCUAUGCUGUGAUCACAAGCUAAUCAAUGUGCCCUGUCAGCUGAUCAAUCGAUAUUCUUCCCUUAUGUGCGAGCGACAAAAGGAUCCAAAUUUUUACCCAAGUCGUCCCAUUCAAUUGGAUUCGGUUAGCUCGACGACUUUACUGCGUUUGGUGCAAUGGAUGCAACAGCAUUGUCACGAUGAUCUGGGGCAAUUGCAGAAGAUGUCACCUUCACUGGAGAAUGCCAAGAGCUCCAUGUGCACUUGGGAUGAGAGGUUUUUUGGAUUUGAUCUGGAGAAGGUAUUGCAGCUGCUGUUGGCUGCCAAUUUCUUGGGCAUCAAUCCAUUGAUGGAGCACACAAUGAUCUAUUUCGUAGAGCUUAUUGAGCAGCGCAACAAUGUGAAACGUGUCCCUUUGCAACACGAAAGCCAAACGCAGACCGACCUUCAACAAUGGUAUUCAAGUGGCAUACACAAUGCUGAAGCGCAAGUUUCAUCCCAAAUGCCACAAUUUGUCGCAACUGCACAUUUGUGUUGAAGUAAAAAAAAAGAAGAUAAAC